AUGGAUGCCGGAGAGCCUGAUCAGACCCCUUUCGCUGCCGUCAGCGCGCAGACAUCUAAGUUGCAGAGGCAAUAUCAAGCCCUGCUCGACCAGUCUACCCCCUUCGUCCUAUAUCGAUGGAUCGGCACUGGUGUUGGUCUCUUCCUCUUCUUCCUGAGGAUUCUGCUGGCGCAAGGCUGGUACAUUGUUGCGUAUGCGCUUGGCAUCUACCUUCUCAACCUGUUCCUCGCUUUCCUCCAGCCCAAGUUUGACCCCUCUAACGAAGCCAUCGACAAUGAUAUGGAAGAUGGCUCAGCUGGUGGCCUGCCCACCAAGCAGGACGAGGAAUUCCGACCAUUCAUUCGAAGACUGCCAGAGUUCAAGUUCUGGCACUCGGCCACUCGAGCCAUCGCCAUUUCCUUCCUCUGCAGUUGGUUCGAGAUCUUCAAUGUCCCGGUCUUCUGGCCAGUCCUGGUCAUGUACUGGUUCAUCCUCUUCUUCCUCACUAGUGAGUCCCCCAAAAAUGUGUACAACCUCCCGGACACAACGUUAAUCUUGUCUCUAGUGCGCAAGCAAAUCCAACACAUGAUCAAGUACCGCUACGUCCCGUUCUCAUUCGGCAAGGCUAGGUACAACAAGAACUCAAACUAA